GACUCGAAAGCCUGCAGGACUCCUACCGGUAGGACCUUUUGUUCGGUUGGGUCUGCACUUUCCGGGUCCUUCCCGAACCAGACGAUGGCUGGGCUUAAUCAGAAGUCUGUCUUGGAUAUGAUUAAAGAGUUCAGAAGGAAUUGGCACACUUUUUGUGACUCUGAGAGAACUACUGUGUGUGGUGCAGACUCCAUGCUCUUGGCAUUGCAGCUUUCCAUGGCAGAAAACAACAAGCAGCACAGUGGAGAAUUUACAGUCUCUCUCAGUGAUGUCUUACUGACCUGGAAAUACUUACUACAUGAGAAACUGAACCUACCAGUCGAAAAUAUGGGAGUGACUGACCAUUAUGAGGACAUUAGGAGGACUUAUGAUGCUUUCUUAAAAAAUAGUAAUAUGUUAGAUCUGAUCGAUGUUUAUAGAAAAUAUAGUAUUUUGACUUCUAAUUGUGAAAGUGAUGCCAACAUAUCCCCUAGUCAACUACGAGAUUUUCUGUCUGGCAGACAAUGUAUAGAAGAUGAUGAAGCUGAUCUUCAUGUGCCAACAUCACCAAUGAGUAAACACAACCAUGAUAAUGAAAAGGUGCAGUUACUAGCAAAGAAAAUUAUCUACUCAUAUUUAAACCUGCUGGUGAAUUCAAAGAAUGACCUGGCUCUGGCUCAUAUUCUCAAUAUUCCUGAUAGAGGACUUGGAAGAGAAGCCUUCACUGAUCUGAAACAUGCUGCUCAAGAGAACCAUAUGUCUAUCUUUUUGGUGGCCACAUCAUUUAUUAGAACAAUAGAGCUUGGAGGGAAAGGCUAUGCACCAUUACCAUCUGAUCCUUUAAGGACACAUGUAAAAGGAUUGUCUAAUUUUAUUAACUUCAUGGACACAUUACAUGAGAUUCUUGGAGAAAUACCAAAUCCCAGCAUUGCAGGAGGCCGAAUACUCUCAGUGAUAAAGAUGCAGCUGAUUAAAGGCCAGAACAGCAGGGAUUCUUUUUAUAAAGCAGUAGAGGAAGUUGCUCAGGAUUUGGAUUUGAGGAUUAAAAAUAUUAUCAAUUCUGAACAAGUAGAUGUAGCUGUUAAUACCACUGACAUCAGUCCUGCACGGCCAAAAUCUUAUGCCAUAAACCAUGGAACUGCAUACUGUGGCAGAGAUACCAUGAAAAUUUUACUAGUUCUUUUGGAUGAAGAAGCAGCCAGUGCUCCUACCAAAAACAAGGCAGAGCUUUUAUAUGAUGAUGAAAACACAUAUCCUCAUACUGGGACUUCUAUUCUUAUACUUUUUAGAUCUCCCACACAAGUGAGUAAUUCAUCAUUGAAACCCCUAAGAGAACGUAUCCGUAAGUCAAUACAAGAGAAAGAAAUUAAGAUGAAGCAAACCUUAAUUAGAUCCCAGUUUGCUUGUACUUAUAAGGAUGACUGCACCAUAAGCAAAGGUAAAUGGAAUCAUGUUAAUUUAACAUCAAAGCCUUUGUGCGUUCUUCACAUGGAAAAUGACCUUUCAGAAGGUAUAAAUUCAUCUGUUGGAAGACCAAUAAUUGGAAAAAAUUCUGGAAAUGUUCAUCUGGACAGAAGUAAAAAUGAAAAAGAAGGAAGAAAGUCAAGUCAUCAGACAGGAAAUAAAAACUCAAAAAGAAAGCAGGUUGAUUUGAAUGAUGAAAAUAAUCUCUGCAAUAAUGGGAAUGAACCAUAUGAACAUAAAAAUGUUAAGAUAUGUAAGACAUUAAACGAUGUCUUGCAAAAUAAAUUGGAUGGCAAACUCUCCCGAGUAGCAAAAAGCAAGAAGUGCUCUGCCAAGGACAAGCUGAUUACUGGCCAGGCAAAGUUAACUCAGUUUUUCAGACUGUGAAUUUGUGUUUUAUGUGCUUUAGAUUUCUGUAUUUAUAAAACCAUUUACCAAAGUCAUCUACUUAAUUUUUAGGAGAACAGGUAUAAAUUAUGAUGCUUUAUUAUUUUGAUCUGGAGUUUGUGUAAGGUUAUUAACAUGUUAAGCAUUGUUUAAAAAAAUACUAGUAAGCCAUAAUGAUGCAGAAUAUUCACAAAAGUUUAAUGCACAGAUAAAGGAUAUCAUUUAGGUUGCUGAUGUAUCUUAAUAUUACUUUCUUUUAAAACAGACAUUGAAAAUAUGAAUUAUAGUAACUUUAAGGGCAUUUCCCCCCAUAGGCAAUUAAAUGAUUUUGUUUUCUUCUGAAAAGAUGAUGUGUGGACCAGCAGGUAUCAGAUUUGCCAACAAGGUCGGUAGACUCUUCCCAGCAUACACCUGAGCACUGAAGGAAAGGAAAAAAAAGUUUAAAUUGUUUAAAGAAUCAUUACUAUCACAUCAAAUUUCUUAGAAAUAAAAGAAUGGAUCUAGUAUAGCUAAUUGAGUGAUAAUACAAUACAAAAUUACAAUAACUAAUUAAGUGCUUUUAAAUCCCACAUCUUUGGCAGGGGUCAUUUAAUAGCAAGUGUAAUUGAACCAUGGUCUUAACUGGAUUUUGUUAUGGUUAGAUCCAAAUUCAUUUAAACUCAAGAGUUCUAUUUUAGGGUAAGAUACAAUUAUAUGGUAAGAUAUAAAAAUUAAAUUUUAAAAAGACUACUCACUGUCAAAAUCUCUUCUUCCUAUAGGAAAUUUAGCUGAGUUUUCUUCAUCUCCAAUUUCUCUCUUUUCUUGUAUUGGUUCAGUAUUCUGAACUCUAUUCUCAGCUGGAAAUCCUUUUAGUGUAAGAUAAGGUUUUAUAGCCAGAUUCAGUGGCAGACCAUGAUUUAAGAAAUUGUGUUUGGAGCCUGCGUUCUGUAAAGAAAAGGUUGAUUUGUAUUUUAGCUGUCUUACUAGGAAUGGAAUUAUAAUGCAGUUGUAUAAUAUUCUCAUCAAUCAGUUCAAAGAUGCUCUACAAUGUUUUAGUUCUUUAAAAGUACCGUAGGUACAGGUCUUUGGGGAAAAAGAUCCUUUUGGAUAAGAGGUGUUGUCCAGGAUGAAAGAACAACCUGAUAUGUAUGAAGUUUCAACAGUUGGUCUAAUGCAUAUUGUGACUAUUUGCUCAUACUUCUGUUUAUAAAAUAGAAGCAUCGAUUUUACUUUCAAAGGAUUCAUAAAAAUCAUCCAAAUUUCCACAUUGCCACUUACCUUUGAAUUUUUGUUUUCGUCAUCAUUCAUGGAACUGCUCUCAUCAUUUUUAUAUUGUUCCAGAGAAGGAGCAAUGACUGUUUUUUGUGCAGUAUCUUCCUUCUGAAUGGCUUUCCCCAGCCUGAAUGUGUUAAAUACCAUGUCAUCUUCUAAAUUUCUUAUAGACUUGGUUGCUGAAAGUAAAAUGCCUUGAGAAAACAAAGAAAAAGUUAGCAUUAAUAUGUAGGAAGAGGGACUCAUUUUUACCAUUCUAGUUUGAUGUUCGCAUAGAGUCAAAGAUGUGUAAAUUGAAGAAAAAUUUCUCAGUUAACCUGCUUUGUAAAUGAUUCCUACCUUUAUAUAUUUUGUAGCUUGAAUAGAAAGCCCUUCAAAGACUUAGACUUUCAUCACUUUAGAAAUGACUCAUCUGAUAGAGGCUAACCUUUUGUGUAACUGCUAAUGCCUACAUUAUUUUGGUUUUAGUGGCAUGUUGUUUAUUUUGAGUGUGAAUUUCCUCAGAAUCUGAUUAAGAUCCUUGGUAGAACGCUUUCUUUUGAGCAGAUUAUAGUCUCUUGAAAAUGGUUUGUUUUUAAGGAAGACCACAGGACAUCAGGCUUUCCAUAUUCUUAUUGUUUCCUUCUGUAUAUUUUUUUAUUAAGAUAUUAAAACUAAAAUUAUUUCACUCAAGGAUGAUAGGAUAAAAGUUUUAUUUACUUUUAAUCCGAAUUAAAUUGAACUAAUCUUCAAAAAGGAUUUUCUCCCAUAAAUCUUGAUAUGGUCUUUGGUGAUGUAAUAAUUAUGCCUGUCAUUGUGAACAAAAAGCUGAUCAUGCUCUAGCUAAAACUGACCUGUCAGGUGUGUUUUAUCUCUUCAUUUACAAAAGAAUAUUUCUGAUAUUUAUUAAUGAAUUUAGCAAUUAAUAGGAACCUUAAGAGAAUAUUUAGGUACUCUGUAAAUAUUCAUGUUGGAUGUUGAGUAUGUUGUAUGCUUUUAAUUAAACAUUUCAGAGAUCUUUUCUCAUUUUGACCCCACCAAGUUAAGAGAAUAUAUUCUUGUAUAUGUCUUCUGGUACAUAGGUGUGCAAAUUUUCCUA